GCGAGUCGCUGGGGGAAGCGGAGCAGACACCAGGCGCAGCCGGAGCGCAGGGCGCGGAUCAAGCAAGUCGGAGACCCACGAAUCGCAGCGCAGAUCGCGUCCGGGGCCUGGAGAGCAGCAGCAAGUGAAGGGUUCCUCUUCCUGAAGGAGGGGGUCAUGGCCUUCUUGUUGCUUACCCGGCGGCUAGCCUGCAGCUCCCGGCAAAACCUCUGGCUCCUCACAUCUGGAUCCAGAUACAUCAGUCAAGCUGCCGCCAAAGUGGAUGUUGAAUUUGAUUACGAUGGGCCACUGAUGAAGACGGAAGUCCCAGGGCCUAGAUCUCAGGAGUUAAUGAAACAGCUGAACACAAUUCAGAAUGCAGAGGCUGUGCAUUUUUUCUGCAAUUAUGAAGAGAGCCGAGGCAACUACCUGGUGGAUGUGGAUGGCAACCGUAUGUUGGACCUCUAUUCCCAGAUCUCAUCUGUCCCCAUAGGUUACAACCAUCCAGCUCUGGCGAAACUCGUCCAACAGCCUCAAAAUGCGAGUACUUUCAUCAACAGACCUGCCCUAGGCAUCUUGCCUCCAGAGAACUUCGUGGACAAGCUCCGGCAGUCCUUGAUGUCUGUGGCACCCAAAGGCAUGUCCCAGCUCAUCACCAUGGCCUGUGGCUCCUGCUCCAAUGAGAAUGCAUUCAAGACCAUCUUCAUGUGGUACCGGAGCAAGGAACGAGGACAGAGAGGAUUCUCAAAAGAGGAGCUGGAGACCUGCAUGAUUAAUCAGGGCCCCGGAUGCCCUGACUACAGCAUCCUCUCCUUCAUGGGUGCUUUCCACGGGAGGACCAUGGGUUGCUUAGCGACCACACACUCCAAAGCAAUUCACAAGAUUGAUAUCCCUUCCUUUGACUGGCCCAUUGCUCCGUUCCCACGGCUUAAAUACCCUCUAGAAGAGUUUGUGAAGGACAAUGAGCAGGAGGAGGCCCGCUGCCUGGAAGAGGUGGAGGAUCUGAUCGUGAAAUAUCGGAAAAAGAAGAGGACGGUGGCGGGGAUCAUCGUGGAGCCCAUCCAGUCUGAGGGUGGAGACAACCAUGCAUCGGAUGACUUCUUUCGGAAGCUGAGAGACAUCGCCAGGAAGCAUGGCUGUGCCUUCUUGGUGGAUGAGGUCCAGACCGGUGGAGGUUGUACUGGCAAGUUCUGGGCCCAUGAGCACUGGGGCUUGGAUGACCCAGCAGAUGUAAUGUCAUUCAGCAAGAAGAUGAUGACCGGGGGCUUCUUCCACAAAGAGGAGUUCCGGCCCAGUGCUCCUUACCGAAUCUUCAACACCUGGCUAGGGGACCCAGCCAAGAACUUGCUGCUAGCUGAGGUCAUCAACGUCAUCAAGCGGGAGGACCUGCUCAACAAUGUGGCUCAUGCUGGGAAGACCUUGCUCACAGGGCUACUGGACCUCCAGGCCCGGUAUCCCCAGUUCAUCAGCAGAGUGAGAGGUCGAGGCACCUUUUGCUCCUUCGACACUCCAGAUGAAUCCAUACGGAAUAAACUCAUCUUAAUUGCCAGAAACAAAGGUGUGGUGUUGGGGGGCUGUGGAGACAAAUCCAUCCGUUUCCGUCCCACACUGGUCUUCAGGGAUCACCAUGCUCACCUGUUCCUCAACAUUUUCAGUGACAUCCUAGCCAACUUCAAGUAAAGAAGCCAUUUCCACGACACUCAGAGAAAGCCCUGGUCUCAACAGUUGUCAAAUUGAUUAGUUUGCCUAAUUCAUAUUUUCACUUAAAAGUUUAUCAGAGGCGGAUGCAUAAACUUAAGGGUCAUUUGUGGGGAGGGGACAUUUUUCAGUGGUUGGCAAGGAGGGGACAGGGAGGAGCUGGGUUUUGUUGUCUUCCCUGCAGAGCUAAUGGUGCCCAUUUGUUGAAGCCCACAAGUUCUAUGUGAGCCUUAGACGCUGUCCUAGGAAAGGCCAUGGAGCUACAUUUCUGUCCCCCACUCCCCCCUUGACUAACCACAACAAUUUCUUUAGAAACCACUCAAGGGAGUUACACCUACUCUGAGACAGGUGGAAAGAGCCCUUGAGUCCCAGUUCAUCUCUAGUACCCGGUCCUGGGGUCAGAGGUGCUGGCUUCCCCUCGCCCUAUACAAGCAAACUUUCUCCCCACUUCCUACCAAGUCCUGAGCUCUAUACACCACACACAUGACUCAGCAAGGGCCUAGAGGGCUCUUGGGAAGGGAUAGAAGGACUGAAUUUGGAAUGGGGGAGGAGCUUCUGGUGUCCUAAAGACUGGGAUCCACUAAGCCCUAUGCCUGGGGUGAUGUCCCUAACCUGUGAAGUCUGUCCUUGAAUUGCCUCUCACCUUGGAGGAUCUCUGGGUGAUAUCAGCAAUGGUUCUUAGUCAACAUGCUCCACUCCCCUAAACUCUUUCCUCCCAGUUUAGCGCUAACCUAGACCCAUGAGGAGGAAACUGCAGGAUGAGCACCCAAGGGACGGACGCAUACUCAUGUUGCCUAAGUCGAGGGGCUGGGCAGCAGAGCCCCUUCAUCCUGUGUCCUGGGGCCUCUAACUUGUGACUCUUGUCUUGGGAAGCUUUUCCAGUCUUUCUCUCAUCCACUUUCCUUGUUCCAUCCCAGAGGACCACUGCUGGGCUAGACUUCUUAAGGGCCAUGCUGUUCAUUAAAGGUAUCAGAGCACCAAAUGUGAAAAAGCAUCUUACUGGUUCAAGGUGGUGCCCUUAAACUUGGCACCAGAGCCCAAGCUUUUCCUGAGUGUGGGGUUUACCGGGCAGCCAAUGCUUACACAGGCUCAAGCAUCUCGGCUGGAGGAGAGACACUCUUGGAACUGACUUGGCCUCGGAUGUUCCUGACAAGACCCCUUGAUUGUCCUACAGAGUGCUUAUCGGUUACAUGCACAUGAGGUUGGCUUAUAUUCUCCUGCCAGAAGCUGCUUUGCCUCCUGGUGCCAGGGUUUCUGAUUCAGUACUUUGCUCUCUUAAUAAUGAAUCAUCCAAAGAUCUAGCUUCCACACUUCCUCAGACAUGGUCAUCCACCUAUUUGUAUUGAGCAGUGAAAGGCGCUGACAUGCUUAAUGGAAAUGGCCAGAUCACGGAUCUGGGUUCACCUGGUGUCUCUGCAGUCUGAGGUUCAGCCGCUGCUUUUCACAGCCAUGUUUAAGGUCAUUCACGCUGCCAUCUACGUGAGGGGGUCUGCCUCCCUCCCUGCAAGAUUUCACUCAGAAAUAUGUUUAUUUCCACAUCAACCAUUUAUUCCCUCAUCAAACUUUCAUGAAAUACCCAUGCUGUCCUGGGCCUGUGCUAAACAGCAGGAAUACAAACCUGAAAUGAGAUAUACAGUGUCUGCUCCCAAGGGACUCCCAUCUUCUUGGGAACGACACACUUGUAAACCUAUGAGGGAACCAGAGUGGCAAGUGCACGGUAGCAGAGGUGUAGGAACGUCAGUAAGUCUGAAGAGUGUUCGAGGCCAAAGAGAUGUGUGAGCAGAGUCCUGAAAGAACAGAACCUUGCCAUGCAGACAAGGCAAGGAACAGUGUCGCAGGAGGUGAACAGCAUGUGUACAGGCACAGUGGCUUGUGCUCUCAAACUUUCCCUGAGGACCAAGACUCCACACAGAAUAUCCCACAGUUCAAAGUCUUAUUUGACAAGCAAGGAAAGUGCAGACCAAACCAUAAUCAUCUAUUGACUUAAGCAUGUUUCCUCCUGGGAACCUUAGUGUUACAUACAGAUAUCCAAAAAGGUCCCAGGAGUCCAGAGUUUGAAGUCUGGGCACAAGCAGAAACUUGGCUUUCUUCAGAGGAGGGAGUGGUUCUGGUAUUUUGUUUUCUCCCCAUAGGGCACAGACAGGAAAAAAAAAAAUCAGUGUGUUUGGAAAGUCAUUUCCAGAUGUGUUAUUCAUUCCUUACUGGAGAAAUUUCUUCUCAUUUGAAAAUCAAAACUUUAAGCCAUUUACCAACAAGUUCUUGAUUCAGGGCACAGUGUGUUCCUGAGACAUUCUGUCUUUGGGUGUGGGAGUUAGUUGGAGAAAGAUUUUCCACAGAACUCAAGAUUGUAGAAACUUGGAAGAGGUUGGUGAAAACCUGGGGAGCCCAUGAAAAGGCUGCUGCCUAGGGCAGGGCUCACAAACCCUCUGUGGCCAAAGGUCUGGCCAUGCACCCAUCACGCAUUAGUGUAAUAGUUUAGUGAAGUCUCCAGAAAACUUCAUCAGUUCUACAGGAAAUAAGGCCCAGUACUAGCAAGUCUUAGCGCAUCCUCCCUUUAUUAUAAAUGGAUGGUUUUUUAUAAUUUUUAUGGAUGCUCAGUAAUCAUGCAAAAUUGUGCACAUUAAUGUACCUAUAGAUCUAGAACUAUCUAUCUACCAUUUAUCUAUAUCAUCAGCUCAGAGUAGAAAACACAGCUAGGGAGCAUUGCAGACUCACACAUACAAAGUGAUCUUGUUUACAGUAAUCUGUCGACAGUGCCCAUAAGUGACAAGGAAACUAACACACGUCACGAUGUAACUGGUGACCAUGUACACAACUCCAUGAAUUAAAUGUUUCCUGUGUUAAUCAGUAUUCUUAAAUUAAAAGACAAUGUUUAUAAUAGAAACA